UUCCGGGGAUUUCAUCAUUCACUCUGCUUCUUUUCUGCCGGCGUUUUCAGUCCAUGCUUUUCAGAGCAGUCGUACCCGCCCUGGUGAGGUCCAGCAUAGGCAUCGCUGCCCUAUUUCUGCCUCGGGUUCCAGUUAAAUCGGACCCGCUCCAUCAUACACUGAGAGGCAGGGUAUUUUCUCUGUCGGCCUGUUUGAGUAAGAAGAACAAGAAAAGUCUUUGGCUUCAGCUCUCAGAUUCAGAAGGACAAAUUAUGGAUGGAAAUAUUGAAGAGAUUCUAGCCCCAUUGAGGCUUGCAGUCAAAGAACAGGGGGAAUUGGUGCGCAAACUGAAAGAGGAGAAGGCCCCUGAUGUGGAUGUUACCAAAGCUGUGGCUGAGCUGAAGGCCCGGAAGCGAACACUAGAGGCAAAGGAGUUGGCCCUGCAGCCCAAGGAUGAUAUCAUUGAUAGAACCAAGAUGGAGGACACUCUUAAAAGGAGAUUCUUUUAUGAUCAAGCAUUCUCCAUCUAUGGGGGUGUGAGCGGGCUGUAUGACUUUGGUCCCGUCGGGUGUGCUCUGAAGAACAACAUUCUCCAAGCAUGGAGGCAGCACUUCAUUCAAGAGGAGCAGAUCCUGGAGAUAGACUGCACUAUGCUGACCCCGGAGCCCGUUCUCAAGACAUCAGGACACGUGGAUAAGUUUGCAGACUACAUGGUGAAGGAUGUCAAGAAUGGAGAGUGUUUCCGUGCCGACCACCUCCUGAAAGCUCAUCUCCAGAAAUUGAUGUCUGACAAGAAGUGUGCUGCAGAAAAGAAGGCCGAGAUGGAAGAUGUCGUCACUCAGAUGGACAACUUCACCCAGCAGGAGUUGGCGGACCUCUUUGAUAAAUACAACGUUAAGUCUCCAACCACAGGGAAUGACCUGAGCCCACCCAUCUCCUUCAAUCUGAUGUUCCAGACCUCCAUUGGACCCGGGGGCAACAUGCCCGGGUAUCUGCGGCCGGAGACCGCUCAGGGAAUCUUCCUCAACUUCAAGCGCCUGCUGGAGUUCAACCAGGGAAAGCUGCCCUUUGCCGCGGCCCAGAUCGGGAACUCCUUCAGGAAUGAGAUCUCACCCCGCUCUGGCCUCAUUCGGGUCAGAGAGUUUACCAUGGCAGAAAUAGAGCACUUUGUAGACCCCAACGAAAAGGUCCACCCAAAGUUCCAGAAUGUUGCUGACUUGGAGAUCCUGUUGUACUCCUCCAAAGCACAGACCAGUGGCCAGUCAGCCAAAGUAAUGAAGCUGGGCGAGGCAGUAGGCCAGGGGGUGAUCAAUAACUCUGUCCUGGGCUACUUCAUCGGGAGGAUCUACCUGUACCUGACCAAGGUGGGCGUGGCCCCAGACAAGCUGCGCUUCCGUCAGCACAUGGAUAACGAGAUGGCCCACUAUGCCUGCGACUGCUGGGACGCCGAGACCAAAACCUCCUACGGCUGGAUCGAGAUCGUUGGGUGCGCAGACCGCUCGUGCUAUGACCUGCUGUGUCACGCCCGGGCCACCAAAGUCCCCCUGGUGGCUGAGAAGCCCCUAAAGGAACCCAAAACCGUGAAUGUUGUCCAGUUCGAGCCAAACAAGGGAGCAAUCGGCAAGGCCUACAAGAAAGACGCCAAGCUGGCGAUGGAGUACUUGGCCGUCUGUGAUGGGUGCUACAUAACGGAGCAGGAGAAACUUCUCAGCGAAAAUGGUGAGUUCACCAUUGAGACAGAAGGGAAGACUUUCAAGCUAACCAAGGACAUGGUCAGCGUGAAGAGGUUCCAGAAGACUCUCCAUGUUGAAGAAAUUGUUCCCAACGUAAUCGAGCCAUCCUUCGGCAUCGGGCGAAUCAUGUACUCCAUCUUCGAACACACAUUCCAAGUCAGAGAGGGUGAUGAACAAAGAACGUUUUUCAGCUUUCCAGCCACUGUAGCUCCCUACAAAUGCUCCGUCCUCCCUCUGAGCCAAAAUCAGGAAUUCAUGCCUUUUGUCAAAGAGCUUUCCGAAGCUAUGACCAAAAACGGCGUCUCCCACAAGGUGGACGACUCCUCGGGGUCCAUCGGGAGGCGCUACGCCAGGACGGACGAGAUCGGCGUGGCUUUCGGCAUCACCAUCGACUUCGACACGGUGAACAAGAACCCCCACACCGCCACCCUGAGGGACCGCGACUCCAUGCGCCAGAUCAGGGCUGAGGUUUCAGAGUUGCCGGGGAUCGUCCGCGACCUGGCGAACGGCAUCACCACAUGGGCCGAGGUGGAGAGCAAGUAUCCCAUCUUUGAGGGACAGGAGACGGGAAAAAAGGAAGUAAUAGAGGAAUAAACCACAAUUGCACCAGCUGGCCACUCUCAUUGGAGGAAAUGGACAUUUGUACUUAAUGUCAAUCGGGGCACUUGUUAUCCCAGCUGUAAUGUGCAAAGCUGUCUGUUCACCAGUAGAGGUCCUCAUUUUUCGCAAUGCAGCCACCACUUUGGGGGACAAAAAAAUCAUUAUGUAAUUAUGAUGCUUUAAGUCGAAUAAUGGUCUAUUUUGCAUAUUCCUGCCCAUAAAUGUUAACUUUUAAAUUCAGUUUCAGUUCAAAUCCACGUGACUAAAAAAAAAAAAAAAGGAAUGGAGGAAAUGGAGAAGGACUUUCUGUGACUGGCCUUUUUCUUUGAGAGCUGUUCUUGUACGGUUUAUACAGUUUAUGCCUGAAAGGAUGAGGGGUGGGGCUUUGUCUUUAUACGACCUGCUUAAAUCAUGGACUUUCUUUUCAGUUUCAAGGUUUGUCUCACAGAGAAGACAUGUCUUCUUUCACCGCUCUGAAACUGGGGAAACGAAAUGAAAAGCAACUUGGUUCAAUAAACCCAAAUAUCUGUAGAA